AUGACCACCAAGGAGAAAGAUGAUAUGUUGCUAGCUGCUGAGAAGAAGUCUGACAUUCAAAAGUUGAAGGGACUACUCAGUAUAGAAUUCGAAAUGAAGGAUUUAGGUGCUACUAAGAAAUUUUGGGAAUGGAGAUCUACAGAGAUAGAAGUCAUAAGAAGCUAUUCUUGUCACGGAAGGGGUAUAUUCAGAAAGUUCUAUCGAGGUUUGGAAUGGCUACUGCUAAGCCCAUUGAUACUCCUAGAGAAGGAAUACAUGUCACAUGUUCCUUAUGUUAGUGCAGUGAAAAACUUGAUGUAUGCUAUGGUCUGCACUAAACCGGAUCUUGCACAUGCUGUUAGUGUUGCCAGUAGGUUCAUGGGAGACCCUGGUAAGGAACACUGGCAAACAGUGAAGAGGAUUUUCCGCUAUCUCAGGGGUACAUCUGAUAUUGGUCUCAGUUAUGGUGGUGAUAGUCAGUGUCUAGUAUCUGGUUACUCAGAUUCUGACUAUGCUGGAGAUGUAGACAAUAGAAGAUCGAUGACCGGUUAUGUAUUCACGCUUGGUGGAUCUGUUGUGAGUUGGAAGGCUAUUUUGUAG